CUGAAAAAUUAAUUUUUAGAUUGAAGUUUUUUCUCUUCAACCAGAACAUAAUUUACUAUAUUUAAAAUGGCUGACGGUGUUUUUCAAGGUGCUAUCGGUAUCGAUUUAGGUACCACCUACUCUUGUGUUGCUACUUACGACUCUGCUGUCGAAAUCAUUGCCAACGAACAAGGUAACCGUGUUACUCCUUCUUUUGUCGCCUUCACUGCCGAAGAAAGAUUAAUUGGUGAUGCUGCUAAGAACCAAGCUGCUUUGAACCCAAAGAACACUGUUUUCGAUGCCAAGCGUUUGAUUGGUCGUGGUUUCGAAGAUGAAACCGUCCAAAAGGAUAUCAAGUCCUGGCCAUUCAAGGUUGUCGACUCUAACGGUAACCCACAAAUUGAAGUUGAAUACUUGGAAGAAACCAAGUCUUUCUCUCCUCAAGAAAUCUCCUCCAUGGUCUUGACCAAGAUGAAGGAAAUUGCUGAAGCCAAGAUUGGUAAGAAGGUCGAAAAGGCUGUUGUUACCGUCCCAGCUUACUUUAACGACGCUCAACGUCAAGCUACCAAGGAUGCUGGUUCUAUUGCCGGUUUGAACGUUUUACGUAUCAUUAACGAACCAACCGCCGCUGCUAUUGCUUACGGUUUGGGUGCUGGUAAGUCCGACAAGGAAAGAUCCGUCCUUAUCUUCGAUUUGGGUGGUGGUACUUUCGAUGUCUCCCUCUUAAACAUCACUGGUGGUGUCUUCACUGUUAAGGCCACCGCUGGUGACACCCACUUGGGUGGUCAAGAUUUCGACACCAACUUGCUCGAAUUCUUCAAGGCUGACUUCCAAAAGAAGACCGGUUUGGACAUCUCCUCUGACGCUAGAGCUUUGAGAAGAUUGAGAACUGCCUGUGAACGUGCUAAGAGAACUUUGUCCUCUGUCACUCAAACCACUGUUGAAGUUGACUCUUUGUUCGAAGGUGAAGACUUCUCUGCUAACCUUACCAGAGCUAGAUUCGAAGACAUUAACUCCGCUUUGUUCAAGUCUACUUUGGAACCAGUUGAAAAGGUUUUGAAGGACUCUGGUGUCUCCAAGUCCUCUGUUGACGAAGUUGUCCUUGUUGGUGGUUCUACCAGAAUUCCAAAGGUCCAAAAGUUGUUGUCUGACUUCUUUGACGGUAAGCAAUUGGAAAAGUCCAUCAACCCUGAUGAAGCUGUUGCUUACGGUGCCGCCGUCCAAGGUGCUAUCUUGACCGGUCAAUCCACUUCUGAAGAAACCAAGGACUUGUUGUUGUUGGAUGUCAUUCCAUUGUCUCUCGGUGUCGCUAUGCAAGGUAACGUCUUUGCUCCAGUUGUCCCAAGAAACACCACUGUCCCAACCAUCAAGAAGAGAACUUUCACCACUGUUGCUGACCACCAAACCACCGUUCAAUUCCCAGUCUACCAAGGUGAACGUGUCAACUGUACCGAAAACACCUUGUUGGGUGAAUUCGACUUGAAGAACAUCCCACCAAUGCAAGCUGGUGAACCAGUCUUGGAAGCUAUCUUCGAAGUUGAUGCUAACGGUAUCUUGAAGGUUACCGCCGUUGAAAAGUCCACCGGCCGUACCGCCAACAUCACCAUCUCCAACUCUAUCGGUAAGUUGUCUUCUGACGAAAUCGAAAAGAUGAUUGAAGACGCUGAAAAGUUCAAGUCCUCUGACGAUGCUUUCGCCAAGAGACACGAACAAAAGCAAAAGUUGGAAGCUUACGUUUCCUCUGUUGAAUCCACUGUCACUGACCCAGUCUUGUCUGCCAAGUUGAAGAGAUCUGCUAAGGACAAGAUCGAAGCUGCUCUCUCUGACGCUUUGGCUACUUUGGAAGUUGAAGAAUCUUCUGCUGAUGACUACAGAAAGGCUGAAUUGGCCUUGAAGCGUGCCGUCACCAAGGGUAUGGCCACCCGUUAAGAUUUUAGGUAAUCAUAAUUUUGUAUAAAUCAUUUUGUUUAUUAUUCUUUUGGGUCAAUAAAUACGCACUUAGUAAUUCAUAUUGUAGAUAUAAUAAAGUUAGGAUACAAGAGA